AUGUUUGUCUUAAAUGCAUUAAAAAAGGUGGGAAGUUUGGCUUCUUCGCGGAUUUGGGUAAGUUUAUUCGUGUAGAUAUUAGGUAUAAGUGAAAUUAACAUUUGCAUUUAAUAUUUUAGACGAAUCAAAACGAUGAAAAUGAGGAAAAGAACGAAAAUGAUGAUCAACAAGAGACUAAUUACUCGAUGUUUGAUGAUGAAGUAGAAGACGAACAUGUCGAUGAACAGGAAAAUAGACAGUUAGUAUUGGACGAAGUUGUGAAAUAUGAAAAAUUAGAACGUCAAAUACACUAUGCGGAUAAAUUUGUGGAGGAUAUGAUGGAAGAUUCUAAAUGGCUAAUCUAUAAAUUCGACGAAAUCUUUAAUAAAUUAGGCGAUAAAUGUAUAGGUUUAUCGACAGAAAUAAAUUCGAUUAAUAAAUACGUAGAAUGUCUAAAUACCGAAACUGACAAUUUAAAUACAAAUUACAAAUACUCCCAAGAAGUUCUUAAAGAUCUAGAAGAAGAAAAUUUAUAUUUAGAAGAAAAUAUAAAUCAAUUGGAAGAAUGUUUAUUCAAAGAGCAAAAAAACAAAACGUGUUUAGAAUAUCAAAAUGAUAAUCAAAAAAUGUGUUUAGAAUACAAAUAUCAACAAAUCGCUCAAGAAAAAAAGAAAUUGGUUGAGAAAACUGACGAGCUUAAAAGAGAAAAAGAAGAAACCAGUUGUGUAUUAAAAUUAAAAUUAAAUGAUUGUGAAAGCGAGAAAAAAGAAUUGAACAAAGAAAAAUCGCUACAAAUUAUUAUGGUUGACAAACUGAAAAAAGAAUUAGAAUUGGAAAAAAAUUACGGCCAAAAAUUAAAUGAAACGAUAUGCCGUCAAAACAAUAAAAAACAAGAACUAGACAAGGAGUUGCAGAAAUGUAAGGAACAAUACGAAUUGUUAAAACAAAUAUCGGAAACGGAAAGUACUAGAGCAGAUACGGUUAUUAGUACAUUACGUACGGAAAAAACAUUUCUCGACUUGGAAAGAAGAAAGGCAGAAACCGAAUUUAACCAGAAUAAGAAAGAAUUAGAAAAAUUCGGGUAUGAAACCGAACAACUAAAUAUGGAUAUCAUGAAAAUUCAAAGUAAAUUAGAUAGUGUUAUUAAAAAUAGCGACGAGAACGAUAAAUUAUCGAUGGAAAGAGUCGGCCAAAGACUGCAGGAUAAUGAACAAUUGACGAUCGAUCUCCACGAGAAGGAACGAUGUAUCGUAGAAUUAAGAACUACAUUGUCAGAGAUGAAAAUGGUGCAACGAAAAGAAUCAGAUGAGGUUCGUAGUUUAAGAACACAAGUAAACGACUUAAAAGUCAAACAAAACAAUAUGGAGAUUGAAUUCGGGGAAUAUCCGGGUAAUGGCGAUCAUAAUAGUAUAAUCAAUUACAAUCCGCAAACAAGCAGCGAAAACAUAACAGGGGUUGAUAGUUUUCUAUCGGCCGGUGAGAAUAAUAUUCAAUCUGCGCCAUCCGUACUAAAGCGUACCAAAAGCGUGGACGAAUUCGAGGAAAAGAACACGAAUUUCGAAAAUUUGAUUAAAAAAUGUAAUUCGCUUUUAAACUAUUAUUCCUAA